UUCCACUUUGUCUCAGACAACAGCAACUCCACAACUAAGCUUCCAGCAACCAACACCGACUAAUUGUUCUUUCUUCUUGUUUCCUUUUCUUUUUCUAAUUGAACACUGGAAACCUUGUUGGUAGCUGUCUGUGUUUGCUUCAAUCCGGCCCCAACUUUUCUUUGCCCUGUCCAUCUGUUGGUUACUGCUGCUAGCUGGCCUCUUGAUACCUUCUUUAACUUACACCUCCACCACAACAACUAGACCGCGGCAACCGCUCGUUACCUACCUAGUCACUCUACCCGCUCCUCCGAGACCGAGACCAACGUCCGUAAUACCUACCUCAACUACUACCUACUCGAUCAUAAAGCAACAGACGGACAGAUCGAAUACAUACCCAAACGAUAUACAUAGACAAGAAGACAAUGCCCUCGAUAGGAAGGGACUACUGCCGAGUUAUAUAAUAAGAAGAAAAGAGAGAGAGAGGGGGGAGAAAAUAUACGGAGGAAAAAGACGGAAGAGCCAGGGAACUGAAGCAAUGGGCAAAGCCGCCCACGAAUCGUAUGGCGCUGGCGCUGGCGCUGGAGGGCCCCGGACUGCUUCCACCCACAAGAAUCAUAACGAUGAAAAUGUCGGGUUACUAUCUGGCGGUAGCCCCAAUCUGCUCGACGAUGAUGGCUACGACGGCGACUCUACAACAUUAACAGGGAACGGGGUGGGGGCGGGGCCGGGGCCGGGGACAGGGACAGCAGGAGAACAACGAGAGGAAGGCAGCAACACCAGCCCUCCAGUAGUAGACCCAAGACCAGCACCAGCACCAGCACCAGUACCAGCACCAGCACCAGGCCACAUCAAACUGCCCCGACGACAAUCCGCCCUCUCUGCCCCUCGAACCCCGCGAACCCCUCGCACCCCGAACCGCGUGCGCUUCGACCUACGUCCUACCACCUUUGGCGACAACAGCCCUACUACUACAGCGCCCAAUGGCAACAAUGGCGGCGCCCCAGAAGAUCACCACCACCACGCCCGCGACUCGUUCGAUUCCUACUUUGACAUAGAUGACUCAUCAUCGGACCAGCAGCCGCUCACGUCCUUUUCGGACUACCACCGCCAAGGGCGCGUCCCCUUGCUAACGGGCAUCGAAGCCCCCUCCGUCACCGUCGCCAACAACGGCCCCUGGGGCUCCGACGAAGACGUAGCCUCAUGGGCCGAAACGGAGCGAUCACGCCCCAAAUCGGGCUUGCGCAUGGCGUUUAUGAACAUGGCCAACUCCAUCAUUGGCGCGGGCAUCAUCGGGCAGCCGUACGCGUUCAAGCAGGCCGGGUUGCUGUCUGGGAUCGUGUUGCUGGUGGGAUUGACGGUCGUGGUGGACUGGACGAUCAGACUUAUCGUGAUCAACUCGAAGCUAUCGGGGGCGAACAGCUUCCAGGGAACGGUGGAGAAGUGUUUUGGGCGGAGUGGGUUGAUUGCGAUUAGCGUGGCGCAGUGGGCGUUUGCGUUUGGCGGGAUGGUGGCUUUUGGGGUGAUUGUGGGGGACUCGAUACCGAAUGUGUUGAGGGCGAUUUGGCCGGGACUGAGGGAGGAGGGGGUUGAGGGGACGUUGGUGGGUUGGUUGGUGGGGAGGCAGGGAGUUAUUUUGGUUUGCACGUUGGGGGUUAGUUAUCCGUUGGCGUUGUAUAGGGAUAUUGCCAUGCUAGCAAAAGCGAGUACCCUCGCUCUGGUCAGCAUGGCCGUGAUCUUGGUCACAGUCCUGGUACAAGGCGGAUUAGCUCCAGAAGAGGACAAAGGGACAUUGGCAAGCUGGAAUUUGCUUAUCAUCAACGAUGGCAUAUUCCAAGCUAUAGGAGUAAUAUCCUUUGCCUUCGUCUGCCACCAUAACUCUCUCCUAAUCUACGGGUCCCUCAAAACCCCCACCAUCGACCGCUUCUCCCUCGUCACCCACAUCUCCACCGGCGUCUCCAUGAUCGCCUGCUUGCUCAUGGCCCUCGUCGGCUUUUUGACCUUCGGUGACCGCACCCUCGGUAACGUCCUCAACAACUUUCCCGCCGACAACACCAUGGUCAACGUCGCCCGCCUCUGCUUCGGAUUGAACAUGCUCACCACGCUUCCCCUCGAAGCCUUUGUUUGUCGCGAAGUCAUGCUCAACUAUUGGUUCCCCGGGGACCCCUUCAACAUGAACCUGCACCUGCUGUUCACUUCUAGUUUGGUAGUCAGCGCCAUGGUGUUGAGCAUGAUCACUUGUGAUUUGGGGACCGUGUUUGAACUGGUCGGAGCCACCAGUGCCGCGGCCAUGGCGUAUAUACUGCCGCCGUUGUGUUAUUUAAAAUUGACCAAAGAAACCGGAGGCUGGAAGAGGGCGGCGGCGUGGGCCACGGCGGCGUUUGGCACGCUGGUUAUGGGGAUUAGUAUGUUGCAAGCGGUUGGAAAGAUGAUGCGAGGGGAAGGGGGCGCGGGGCAGUGUAUGUCUUAGUUUGAGACUCGAGACUCUUGACUAUUGAUGUAGUGUAGUCCUUAAUGAUCAUGAUGAAGAUGAAGAUGAUGAUGGGUUGUAUAGGGCUGGGAUGGAUACAGCUGUACUGUAUUUUAGGGAAGGAAAAAAAGACAUUUGGGUACACGCUGGCGUUGAGAUUUCCCAGUAAGAAGAAGACGAUGCUCUAUGCUUGCCUUUUGUUGUGCUGGUGCUUGCUGAGAGGAGGGGGGGAAAGGAAAAAAGGAGGGUUUGUUUUAUUUGGAUAUGACGAGGUUUUGGAGGGUGUAGGAUAUAGAACGGCAUGAACGGCAUGAACGGCAUAUACACAGGUACCUACUCCUUCAGGACAAGGAUAGUUUAGUUGGGUAUUUG